CUCGGAAUAGUCUAUAAUGUUUCCAUUUAAGAGUUCAAGCAAAAUUAACAGGAGCAGUGGUUUUAUCCCAUCACUUGUGAUAGUGAACUUGACUGAUUUUAUUUUAGUGGUUUUACUGUCUUAAUGCUCAUAGUUUAUGAAUUACAUAGGGCAACUAACUUGAAUUGAAAUCAGCUGUGAACUAAAACAAAGUUGAAUCGAUCUCAAAUGACAACUAAAAAUGGAUGGAACCAAAGAAGAACAAACCAACGAUAAUCCAAGAAAUGGUGCUAAUCCAUUUUCUAUUUUGUUUUUUACUUAUACGUACGACAUCUUCAAAAAGGGAUAUGGAAAGACUAUGUACGCAGAUGAUCUCUACGCCCCAAUAUCAGCAGAUAAAAGUAAAUGUCUUGGAGAUAGGCUUGAGAGAAAAUGGAUGAGACAUGUGGAGUCUUGCAAAGCCCGAAACAAAGUUCCUAACUUAAUCAAAGUUUUGAUAUCAACUUUUUGGCCUGAAUACUUAUACUUAGGAUUUUUGCUCAGUUUCAUGGACAUAUUCAUGAAGCUAAGCCAACCCAUAAUGUUGGGGUUGUUACUUGAUUAUUUCCAACCUAAUUCCACCACCACCAAAGAAGAAGCCUUCUGGUAUGCAGGAGGUGUGGUAGCUCUUAAUGGUAUGGUUGUUUUGUUAAACAAUCAAUUUUUAAUGAACGCCUUUCAUUAUGGAAUGAAAAUAAGGGCCGCUUGUUGUGCUUUGAUUUACAGGAAGGCUCUAAGAUUAAGUAAAACGGCCUUAGGGGACACAGCUUCAGGCAAAAUAGUAAAUUUAAUAUCCGGCGACGUAAGCAGAUUUGAGCUGGUGUCAGUGGUGAUACACCACAUGUGGGUGGCUCCCACAUCCGCCAUAGUCACCCUCUACAUCCUGUACCUUAAAGCUGGAUACGCUGGAGUAUUGGGAAUAAUACCUUUCUUCAUCAUAGUCCCCUUACAAAGUUACACCGGAAAACUGUCGGCCAUUUACAGAAAACAAACGGCCCUUAAGACUGACGAACGUAUCCGACUAAUGGAUGAAAUCGUUUCUGGUGUGCAGGUUAUUAAAAUGUACGCCUGGGAGAAACCCUUUUCGAAGCUCAUCAACUGGUCCAGAAGAGCUGAACUCAAAAUUGUAACCAAGUCGUCUUACGUUCGUGGCUUAUACAUGGCCUUCAAUCUGUUUACUACCAGAAUAUCUUUGUUUUGCACCUUGGUAACCAUGGCGUUGACUGACCAGCCCAUCACCCCUGGAAAGGUGUUCGUCAUAGUGGCCUUUUUCAACCUAAUAUCCCAGUCCAUGUCAUCAAUGUUCGUCAGAGGAAUUGCGGAACUGUCUGAAGCAUUUGUGAGCAUCAGACGACUUCAAGAUUUCAUGUUGAACGAAGAGUGCCAUCCUAAAGCAAAACCCGAAAGCCAAGAAGUGCAAGAAAACAUGAUCCAACUGAAAAACGCCACAGUAAAAUGGAAUCCCAGUUCUUCAGACGUUGCCUUAAACAAAAUCAACGUAACGGUGGGCAAAGGGAAGUUACUGGGAAUUAUUGGGCCUGUGGGAAGUGGUAAGAGUACCCUUCUGCAGACACUUCUGGGUGAACUCAACGUGAACGAGGGAACAAUGAACGUGAACGGGAAUGUAUCGUAUGCUUCUCAGGAGCCCUGGAUUUUUGGGGCAACUCUGAGGCAAAACAUUUUAUUUGGGAGCGAGUACAAUAAAAAGAGGUACAGCGAAGUGGUGCACGCCUGUGCAUUAGAAAAAGAUUUCAAGCAGUUUCCUGAUGGCGACCUGGCAAUUGUUGGUGACAGAGGAGCUUCUCUAAGUGGAGGACAAAAGGCUCGUAUUAAUCUGGCUAGAGCUGUGUACAGAGAGGCUGAUAUUUAUCUCCUUGACGAUCCUCUAUCAGCUGUUGAUGUACACGUUUCCAAACAUCUUUACGACAAAUGCAUCAACGGAUAUUUAAAAAAGAAAACACGUGUUUUGGUCACACAUCAAGUACACCAUUUGAAAAACGCCGAUCAUAUUAUUAUUCUCAAAAAUGGCUCCAUAGAAGAAGAAGGAUCAUAUUCAUUACUGUGCCAAAGUCAAAAUUUGUAUGCCAAACUUCUUACAACUGAGCCAGAGAAAGAAGAGGAAGAAAAAUUGAAGGACCCCACAAGAAUCUCCAGAAGGAUGUCCGUCUCUAGGAGCAGGAAAUCUUCUAUGGCUAGUGCAGUGAGUGAGCUAAGCCUAACUGACAGUAUCAUGAUGGAAGAGUUCCACGACGAAGAAGUUGAAGAAAAAACUCACAAAGACCUCCAAGAAGAGUCGUCCAAAGGCAAAGUUAAAGGAUCGUUAUUGUGGCAGUACUUAAGAGCAGGAGGCAAUUUAUGUUAUGUCCUCUGUGUGAUCCUGUUAUUUUUAAUGGCACAAGCCACAGCAAGUUCCGUUGAUUACUUCGUGAACUUCUGGGUGAAUAUUGAGGACACCAGGAAUAAAACGUUUAGAAAUUCAACCUUGGGAGUUUCUAUUGAAGUAAAGGAAUUAUGGAGUAGAGACCUUUGCAUUUAUGUUUAUACGAGUUUAAUUAUUUUAUUAUUUGUUACUGCACUGACCAGAUCCAUGAUGUUUUACAAACUUGCAAUGAACAGCUCCCAGAACCUGCACGAAUCAAUUUUCAAUCAUGUUAUUACUGCCACAAUGAGAUUCUUCGACACAAACUCUAGUGGAAGGAUUCUAAACAGAUUUUCAAAAGACAUCUGCCAAAUUGACGAGUUUUUGCCUAAAUUACUGUUAGAUUCCGGACAAAUUUUGCUAUUAAUGGUGGGAACAUUCGUUUUGGUCACAAUUAUUAACCCAUAUUUUAUUAUUUUGGUCGGCAUUAUAUCAAUAUUUUUCGUCAUUAUGAGGCACAUCUUCUUGAGGUCAUCGAAAAACAUCAAACGAUUGGAGGGAAUAAUGAGAAGUCCCGUUUUUACUCAUUUAAACACAACGUUACAAGGUUUAACAACAAUCAGGGCGUUUGAAGCUCAGAAAAUUUUAAGAGACGAAUUUGACAAGCAUCAGGAUUACCAUUCAGGAGCCUGGUUUAUGUACGUUGCUGCAACAUCCGCCUUUGGAUUUUAUUUGGACGUACUGUGCUUCAUUUUCAUCGUGCUGGUGACGUUCAGCUUUUUAACUUUCGGAGAAGAAUUCGGACUGAGUGGUGCCAAAGUGGGUCUAGCAAUUACUCAAGCUAUGACCUUAACAAGCUUUGUGCAAUGGGGAAUUCGACAAUCCACUGAAGCAGCCAAUCAAUUAAUGUCAGUUGAGAGAAUUUUGGAAUAUAAUGUUUUGCCCAAAGAGCCUCAACCAGCAAUUCCGAAGACACCACCUAAGAAUUGGCCCAAUAAAGGGUCGAUUAUGUUUAAAGACAUGGGGCUGCGUUACGACGACAUGGAGCCUUUGGUGCUCAAGAACUUAAAUCUGCAAAUCAGUCCUAAGGAAAAGGUGGGAAUUGUUGGGAGAACUGGGGCUGGAAAAUCAUCUUUGAUAUCUGCGUUGUUCCGGCUGGCCAAAAUUGAGGGGGAGAUUCAAAUUGACGAUAUUAACACUAAGGAUAUAACCUUGCAAGACCUGAGGUCGAAAAUUUCUAUAAUCCCUCAAGAUCCCGUAUUAUUCUCCGGAACCUUACGUUACAACUUGGACCCGUUCGAGGAAUAUUCAGACGACGUUUUGUACAGGGCGAUAAAUGAAGUCGAGUUGAAGGACCCGGACAACAUAAUAAAUCGUUUGGAGAACCGUGUGAUGGACAGAGGAUCAAAUUACAGCGUCGGCCAAAGGCAAUUAAUUUGCCUCGCAAGAGCCAUAGUGCGCAACAACAAAAUACUAAUGUUGGACGAAGCUACAGCCAACGUAGACCCACAGACUGAUGCGUUGAUUCAAAAAACAAUUCGUCAAAAAUUCGCCGACUGUACGGUACUCACCGUAGCCCACAGAUUGAACACCAUAAUGGAUUCGGACAAGGUUCUAGUGAUGGAAAGUGGUAAAAUGGUGGAGUUCGACCAUCCGCACAUGCUUUUGCAAAAUCAAAACGGCGUGUUUUACAAAAUGGUCCAGGAAACUGGUAAAAGCAUGUCGGAACAACUGAGAAAAGUGGCCUUCAUGAGUUAUCAACGACAGAAAUCCGUCCCUGAGAAACACAAGUUCAAAGUGGGUCGUUUCCAUAUUAAACAUGUGGAUCCAGAAGUGGACGUCGAGACCAUGGACGCCGGAAUCACCCUCAAGAGGGACAACCCCUACAGGAAGGCGGGGUGUUUCUCCAAAGUACUAUUUUUAUGGAUGGCAGGAUUGUUUUACAAGGGUUCCAAAAAGGGUUUGGAGGUGAAGGAUCUGUAUAAAACAAUGGAUUCAGACAGAUCAAACAAACUGGGAGAUACUCUGGAAAAAAAUUGGGAAGAAGAAAUAGUUAGAGCCAAAAAAGCCAACACUAAACCAAGUUUACUGAGAGCUUUAACUAGAACGUACUUAAAAAAGUACAUGAUUUAUGGUGGUGGCCUUUUUAUUUUAUACGUGGUACUUAGACCGUACCAACCAGUUGUCCUGGCUCAGUUAAUUAGACUGUUCUCAGAAGAAAAAGGUCCAGAAACCCAAAAGUUGAUGUACAUUUAUGCAAGUGCUUUGGUAGGAUUAUCAAUUUUAAUGGUUUUCGCCCUUCAUCACAUAAGUUUCGGCCAAACUUCCAUUGGUAUGAGAAUAAGAAUUGGAAUCACAUCUCUAAUAUAUAGAAAGCUAAUGCGUUUAAACAAAACAUCCCUAGGAAACACUGCCGCAGGUCAGGUGGUAAAUUUGUUGUCCAACGACGUUAAUCGAUUCGAUCUGGUCAUCAUUCAGCUCCACUAUUUAUGGAUCAUGCCUUUCCAAGUCGCUUUAGUUACAUAUUACAUCUGGCAGGAAGUUGGAAUAUCCACUUUAGCAGGCGUCUUAAGUAUGGCCUGCCUCACUUUGCCUGUACAAGGAUACUUGGGUAAAUUGGCAUCAACUCUUCGAAUGCAAAUCGCCAAAAGAACAGACAAAAGGGUGAUGCUCAUGAACGAAGUCAUCCAAGGAAUACAAGUGAUAAAAAUGUACGCGUGGGAGAGACCCUUCGAAAAGCUGAUCCACCUGGCACGGAAAAGGGAAAUCAGCUCCCUAACCAAGUCGGCGUACUUACAGGGUGUCUACUUGAGUUGCAUGGUCUUCAUAGAAAGGACCACCCUGUACUUAACAUGCGUGUGCUACGUUUUACUCGGCAACGUCAUAACGGCCGACAGGGUGUUCUCCAUGGCUCAGUUUUUUAACAUGCUCCAGCUGGCCAUGGCCAUAUUUUAUCCCAUGGCUAUUUCGUACGGUGCGGAGACUUUGGUGGCCAUUAAACGGUUGGAGGACUUUUUGUUCUUGGAGGAAAAAGAGGACGCUAACAUUGACUACAGUGAUGAUGGAAACAUCAGGGUCAGUAAGGUGGAUGCUGAAUGGGUGUCUGGUACCAAAGUGGUGGAUAAUUUGAGCUUCACGGUGCCGAAAGGAAAGCUUUGUGCGAUUAUUGGGCCUGUUGGGUCUGGGAAGAGUACUAUUUUGCAACUGCUUUUAGGAGAGUUAGUACCCAACACGGGGAAGAUAUCAAUUGGUGGGGAAAUAUCAUAUUCAUCACAAGAAGCUUGGUUGUUCUCUUCGACAGUUAGGAAUAAUAUACUUUUUGGCCAAGAGUACAAUCAUUUAAGGUACAAGAAAAUCGUUAAGGUGUGUGCCCUCGAAAAAGACUUCCAACAAUUCCCUCAAGGAGACAAGACCAUGGUGGGAGAAAGAGGUGUAUCACUAAGUGGUGGACAAAGAGCCAGAAUAAAUCUUGCCAGAGCAAUUUACAGAGAAGCUGACAUCUACAUACUAGACGAUCCACUUUCAGCUGUCGACACCCACGUUGGAAGACACUUAUUUGAUGAGUGCAUCAGUAAAUAUUUAAGCGACAAAACCAGAGUCCUCAUAACUCACCAACUUCAGUAUUUAAAAACUGCUGAUCACAUCAUUGUUCUUGACGAGGGAAAAAUUGCUGCUCAAGGAACGUUUGCUGAAUUGUCUGAAAGCAACUUGGACUUUACCAAAAUGUUAAUAGCUUCAGACGAACAAAGUGAUGAGAAAGAAGAAGAGUCCUUCGAGGAACAGUCCAGGUCAACACCUACAAAAUUAUCCAGAAAAGGAUCCACAAUUUCAUGUCUGAGCUACAUAUCAGACAACAUGGAAAAUGAAGUAAACACCGAAUCAAAGAUAGGAGAUGAAGAAGAAAUUGUAACUGAUAUGGCACCAUUCAAAGAGUACUUCAGAUCUUCUAAAAGUUACUGCAUGUUGGGGACACUUAUUUGUGUCCUAAUUUUGGGACAAGCUUGUUGUACUGGAGCUGACUACUGGAUAACUUUCUGGACUCAAGAAGAAGCUGUACGCCAUUCCAACGACAGUGUGCUGAAAUCAGAACUCGACAUACAAUAUGUGAAUUCAUCACAAGUCACUAAUACAACAAGUGAACUAGAAUAUAUUACCGAAGAAAUCUCCUCAUUCUUCGAUAGUCUCUUUGACACAUUCAUCAACGAUAACAAAGAAGAAAGGAUAAUCAAAACAAACUCAGCCAUCUAUAUUUAUACAAUAUUGAUUGUUGGAGCUAUAUUAUUCACCCUGAUGAGAUCUUUCUUGUUCUUCAAACUGGCUAUGAAGUGCUCCAAAAACCUGCACAAACGCAUGUUCCAUUGCCUACUUCAGGCACCUAUGAGAUUCUUCGACACCAACCCCAGUGGACGAGUCCUUAAUAGAUUUUCUAAAGACAUGGGGGCAAUCGACGAAUUACUACCCAGAGUCAUGAUUGAAGCUAUACAAAUAACUCUAGUUAUGGCCGGUAUUUUGGUCAUGGUAUCUGUAUCCCAACCCUACAUCAUUAUUGCCAUGGUUGUGCUGGGAGCAGUCUUCAUCUUAUUAAGGAAUUGGUACAUCUCAACUGCCAAAGCCAUAAAACACAUCGAGGGAAUAACUAAAUCCCCGAUGUUCUCCCACGUUAAUUCAAGCUUAAACGGUCUCACUACUAUCAGGGCUUCGAAAGCUGAGACGUCUUUAAUUGGAGAAUUUGAUCAUCACCAAGACGUUCACACCUCGUCCUGGUUUUUGACUAUCACUUGCGUUGUAUCCUUUGGUCUUUGGCUUGAUUUGAUUUGUGUUGUGUUUGUGGCCUGUGUCACUUACAGUUUCGUGGUUUUCUCCCACUUCAGUGAAGUUAAUGGCAGUUUGGUUGGUUUGGCAAUUUCGCAGUCAUUAAUUCUUACUGGUAUGCUGCAAUACGGAAUGAGACAAACUGCAGAAGUCAUCAAUCAAUUAACAAGCGUGGAAAGAGUUCUACACUAUACCAAACUUGAUACUGAAAAACCGUUUGAAACAGAAGAGGGAAAAAUGCCUGUGUUACCUUGGCCAAGAGAAGGCUUAAUCGAAUUCAAACAUCUCUUCUUAAAAUAUGUCGCCACUGAUCCUCCUGUACUUAAAGACUUGAACAUAGUCAUAAACCCCGGUGAAAAAAUUGGCAUAGUUGGAAGAACUGGCGCAGGAAAAUCCUCAUUGAUAUCAGCCUUGUUCAGACUGGCACCUACUGAAGGUAGCUUGUGUAUAGAUGGGGUGGACACUAAGGACCUAGGACUUAGGGAUUUGAGGAAAAGAAUUUCUAUCAUCCCACAAGAACCGGUAUUGUUCUCUGAAACACUCAGAUACAACCUGGAUCCUUUUGGAGAAUACGAAGACGACAAAUUAUGGAAAGCUCUAGAAGCCGUCGAGUUAAAGGACAUAGCCAAUUCGUUGGACUUCCAAGUUUCAGAAGGUGGCAGCAAUUUCAGUUUAGGUCAAAGGCAAUUAAUUUGUUUAGCCAGAGCCAUCAUUAGAAACAACAGAGUUCUGGUACUUGAUGAGGCCACCGCCAAUGUUGACCCACAGACUGACUUUUUAAUUCAAAAAACAAUUAGAAGCAAAUUUAAGAACUGUACAGUGUUAACAAUAGCCCACAGACUUAACACCAUCAUGGAUUCUGACAAAGUGUUAGUUAUGGAGGCUGGUAGAAUGGUCGAAUUCGACCAUCCUCACAUUCUCUUACAAAAUCCCGAUGGUCACUUCCAUAAAAUGGUACUAGAAACCGGACCAUCGAUGACCUUAACACUGAAAGAUGUCGCUCUGGAAGCGUAUCAGAAUACUGUGGGGGCCGUAGAACAUUUAUAAAAUUUGUUUCUAUUUAAUUUUUAACAUUAGUAUUGAAUGUUUUUGUUUAUAAGUAUUGUAAAUUUGUUUGUAUUUAAAUCCUUUAGUACUAAAGAUUUUUAUUAUAAGCGCA